GCUGCCGAUUGGACGCCGCAGACUGGGUCAGAGAUCACGGGAAACGAAACGAGAUUAGUCGCUUGGUGCGCGAAAACGUUUAAAUGAGUGAACGAGUCUGGAUGCAGAAGUUUUCCCACUCGUAGAAAAGCCACAUAAUAAUAAUAAUAAUAAAAAAAGAAAGAGGAAAAAAGUGUUGGAUGUGUGAGUAUUCUUUGGACAUUGUAACCCGAGAACUAAUGAGGAUAUAGGAGUACUAGAUUCUCCGAGAAAUGGAGCGGGGACUUACUAUGGUGCUGCUGUUGCUGCUUUACGGACAAGGUUCGUUGGCCACAGUCUAUGUAAGCUUAUUACCUCAAGCAUUUUUGAUACUAUCCGCCAGACAACUGAUGGUGAUGAGUCAAGUGGAUCCCAAAGAUAACUUCAAUGACUUCAAUGAUGAUGAAGACAAGUCAGAUUGGCUGAACCCCACAGAUAUCGCCAAUCCAGAUGGAACGGGGUACGUCCAGCUGGACGUGGCGAUGAAGAAUGUCACAAAGUACAAGGGUCAGAGUGUGCGCCUGCGGUGCGAGAUCACCGGCAGUCCGCUACCCACCUACACAUGGUUUAAAAACGACGCACCCAUCACCAGCGACGACGAGAGUGGGAGAUUCAACGUGAAGAGUGUCGCCUGGGGAUCCAAAUUACGCAUUACUAAACUGGAUACUUACGACACUGGCUACUACACAUGUCGCGCCAAAAACAACUUUGGUGUGGAAGAAACCACAGGAAUACUCUUUGUUAAAAAUGAUAAACCACCAGAAAUUGAACGUGGCAAUCAAGUUAAUCCUGAUGAUGUUGAAUUUAAACCCGAUAUUCCAGGAGAAACAGAUAUCAAUGGGUUUAAUGGCCGCUAUGAUUCUGACUUGUUACCAGGAAAGGAUGAAGACAAGGCAGACAUGUCUGGUUUCUGUCAAAUCUACCGGGGAAGCACCUGUUCCAAGUUUGUGGGUAACAUGAGCAUCUACGUCAAUUCGAAAUUCACCCAGAGUCGCAGGGAAGAGCGGUUUAUAGCGGCCUUUGCUGUGAUUGGUUCCUCAAGUCACCUGUCUACACAAUGCCAGGAAUAUGCCAUCCCCUCCCUGUGUUUCCACGCAUUCCCCCUGUGUAUGGAGGGGGGAGAAAACGCAGAGCCGCGGCAGAUCUGUAAAGACGAGUGUGAGGUGCUGGAGAACGACGUCUGCAGGACGGAGUAUGUGCUCGCCAAGAGACACCCUCUCAUUGGAAAUUCUCUCUUGCCAAACUGCGAAAAGCUGGCGGAGUCUGGAACACCGAAGGGAGACAACUGCAUCCGAAUUGGUAUUCCCAUGCCAGAAAAAGACAAGUGUUAUAAUGACACGGGUCAGAGGUACCGAGGUCGGGUCAGUCGCACCAAGUCGGGCUACGCGUGUCAGAGCUGGAAGUCAGACAAACCUCACAAACACAACUUCAAAAGUUCUAAAUUUCCCGAAUUAACCAGCAACUACUGUAGAAAUCCUGGCGGUUUUGAAGAUGGUCCGUGGUGCUUCACAACACAGAACAAUGUUCAGAAGGAGUUGUGUGAUGUUCCAAAGUGCUUGGGAACAAAAGGAAGUGAAGACAAGCUGAUGUUCAUUCUUAUCCCAGGAAUCACUGUUCCCUUGGCCUUGACCUUGCUUCUGGCCCUUGUGUGUUUCUGUCAAAACCGCAACAAGCGUAAUGGUGUCAAAGGAAAAUCAAGCAACAGACAGGUUGGCCAGCCCGUGGAAAUGAGCCCCCUCAACCCAAAACCCAACUCCCGUGCCCGUGAAUUUGCAAUGACGAACAUACGAUUCCUUCAGGAGUUGGGCGAAGGUGCAUUUGGGAAGGUGUACAAAGGGGAGCUCAUUGGGCUGUACGCGGAAAACACGGUCACCAAAGUGGCGAUAAAAACAUUGAAGGAGAACGCACAGCCGAAGAUCCAGAAUGACUUCCGCCGUGAGGUCGACAUGAUGUCUGAGAUGAGACACCCCAACAUUGUGUGUCUGCUGGGCGUGUGCAUGAAGCAGGAUCCCAUGUGCAUGUUGUUCGAGUACAUGACUCACGGUGACCUGCACGAGUACCUCCUUGUGCACUCGCCGCACUCAGACAUUACGUGCAAGGACGACGAGGGCGGUGGCGGCGGGGGGAAGAUCCUGGAGUAUCCCGAGAUGCUGGUGAUCGCGCAGCAGAUUGCCGCUGGGAUGGAAUACCUGGCCAGUCACCACUUUGUUCACCGCGACCUCGCCGCUCGCAACGUCCUCGUUGGAGACAACCUCACGGUCAAGAUUUCCGACUUUGGUCUUUCUCGCGAUGUAUAUUCGUCUGAUUAUUACAGAGUUCAGAGCAAGAGUCUGUUGCCCGUGCGCUGGAUGCCUCCAGAGUCGAUCAUGUAUGGCAAGUUCACAACAGACAGUGAUGUGUGGGCGUUCGGGGUCGUCCUGUGGGAGAUUUUCAACUACGGCCUCCAGCCUUACUUCGGUUACUCGAACCAGGAGGUGAUCGAAAUGAUCCGCUCCCGACAGAUCCUGGCUUGCCCCGAGGAAUGCCCGGCUCGAAUGUAUGGUCUGAUGGUGGAGUGCUGGCACGAGACCCCAACCCGACGGCCAUCAUUCCGUGAGAUCAACUCCCGACUGCGAGCCUGGAAGGGGGAGAUGAUGUCGGGACAGAAUCACCACUGGAGCAUCUCCCAGAGCCAGUCGGCCCACUCGAGCAGCACGCACCAGAGCGGCCAGAGCCAGCCGAGUCACCAUAGCAGCACCGGUCCCAGCAACACGACAGCAGUGACGGGCCUCACCGGCAGCAGCAACACCUCAGAUCCCAUCCAGUCGUACCCACCUCCGGCUCAGCCCAUGCCAAACUACACGAUGGCAUCCACCCAUGGCUACAACGCCAACCAGCCACCGCUGGUGCCCAUGCCCAUUCUCGGAAUACAGAGGCAGCACGGGCUGAUGGGGCCUCCUCCGUACAAUAACCUGAACAGUCAGAACAGCCAUAUAAACGGUCCGUCGAAAAUCUCGCCUGCUGGGUCAGUAGCCAGUUCGAAAUCAUCCAACAGUGCCACGUCGCAGAGCUCCUCUGGGAUCGGGCCGCUGCCGGUGAUCAAGAAUGUGCCGGGAAACCACCACGUGCCUCAGAGCCAGCAGAACCACCAAUACAAUGCGGCGAACAAUGUCAGCAACGGCAUGCCCACUGUGGCAGAGUGCAAUCGCUUCAAUAACUUUAUGUCACAAAAUGCUUACAUUCCUGAACCAAGGACUUCAGAAAUCUGAGCAGCUGACAAAGAGUAAAUCAAAUGUUGCCAUACUUGUGAAUGUAAGUGUAUAUAGCUGUUUUGUUAUGAAUGUAUGUGGGGGAGAGAAAAAAAACACACACAUAAAAUGUUAUUACGCCCACUGCACAUGAAAACAUGAAACAAGUGUUCAUCACAGUUAGUCCAGUCCUAAAACUAAUGAUCGUUUUCUCAUUCAAAUGUAUUUUCUUUUUGCAUCCUUGUUUUUAAAAUGGGGAGCAAAAAUUAUUUAUACAGAUAUUUUUGUUCUUAGUGAAAAUCCAUCAACUUUUAACAAUAUUUUAUCAAAGAUUACAAUUAAUAACUGAAUUUCGAGUCCAAGUUCGACUAAGUACAAGUAUUACAGAAUAUGAAGAUUGCUUCAGAAAUUUCAGGACAAGACGAAACAUUUAUUUAGGCUGGACAAGACAAAAGGAUAUACUAAACCUGCAGAUCAUUGUUCUUUCAUGUUGCCAUGAUCAAUCUUUAUUGUAACUUGGUGACCUGUGAGGAACACGUGAGAGACUGGUGUCCUCAGAUCUGCCCAUUUGGUUAGAGCUGUGCUAAACUUACUUCAGAUUUCAGAUACUUGUGUCAAACUGUGUCCUAAGACAUGAGUGGAGAGUGGAAACUACUAAGUAGAUUGGUCAAGAGAACCUAAAACAAUUCAGUGCAUGGUGCUCAUCAAAUGAAGGAGGAAUUUACUCAUCAAAUAAAGGAGGAAUUUACUCAAAGAAGACCUGAUUUGUAAAAGAAUUUUUGACUUGUACACCACAAGUUUGUGAUUAUAAAAAGCUAAAUGGAUUUGAAGGUGUAAAUGUGCAAAUAAGUUACUUGCAGGAGUAGAAUAGAUGAGGAAGUAUUAAAACUAUCUACUGUUACAGUUAUAUAUAUAAUAUUUAUAAACUGUAUUAUACGUGACAUGCCUUGUGUAUCUAUUAAGUCUGGUGUUAUGAAGGCAUCUUUAUGGAACUGAAGGACAAAAGAGCUAUGAGCAAUAUUACACGUUUAUAAUUACCAUAAAUUCUUGAUUAAGAUGUUCACCUAAGAUUCAGAUUGACAAGAAACAAAAAGAGCAGAGAUAUAUCUAUUAUCAGUAAGCCAUACCAUAUACCUGUAACACACCAUGAUUACGGUUACACACCACCAUUAAUUACUCCAUGCAGUUCAAUUUUUCUGUCAGAAAAUAUUCUGUAAAAAAUAUAACACUAUCGAAUGUGUCAUGUGACUACUAAUUUUAGGGAGUGCUCUCAACUGACAGUACUGUAUGAACAAUGAACCUAGGUCGACCACAAACAUUUCCAGUUAGCAACCCUCAUGCCAGAGCACAGCCUCGUGUUGCUGUUAUACAAGUGGCACUAUAUACCACUUACACAGUUGUUAUCAGUUAGUACUACAUAUAACAAGUAACUUCAAACCAAACUUCAAACCAAUGAGUUAUUUAAAUACUACCGAGGUCAACCUACUUAUAAUCAUCACAGAAAGAUUUCAAACGGCAUAUCAGAAUUUUUUAGUAUUUUUUUAUGAGGAACUAUUUCCAAAGCCGGACUGUUAUAUUAAGCUGUUAUAACAAGUAAUGACAUGACAAAUUAUGGUGUGUUGCCUUAAACUAAAUCAAAGCAUAUAUUUGAUUAGAAGUACAGGUAAUGGCUUGAAUUUUGUCUCUUUUUACUAUCAUUAUUUUAAAGUACAAAACUUUAAAAGAAAACAAAAGCAGUAUCUAUUACCAUGAAGCAUAUUUUAGGAGACAACCAAACACAAAUGACAUAAAAUCAAAGAGUCUGACAUCAUUUUAGCAGGAACGAGUCUUUUGGGCUUGCCUAAAAUGUAAAAAUUGAGUGCUGAAAAGUUUCUGUCCAGGAAAAAAAAGGGAGCUAACUAAAUGAGUUGUUCACUUGCAUAAUUUUCAGGUUAAGUCCUAAAUCAAGAAUUUAUAGUAUAUUUUAUAUUUAGUGGUACGGUUACCAUGGUGUAGUGCUUGCAAUAUGUGAUACCAUAGAGAACCUAACAUAGUGUAUAAUCAGUAUCAGUAUUUCACAUAUAUCUAUGUUAAUAUGGCCACAUUAUGUCUGACAAUAGCCUUAAUUAGCUAGGCUUUCGAAAAUAGUUUUACUUUUGUUUUUAAUCAUGUCAUUCGAUAUGUUCAUAUUCAUAAUUUAAUCAGUCAUGAUAUGGGUUGUUAUGACAGGGUAUAAUCCAGUCUUGUAAACUAUGUUGAUAUUUAAAUUAAUAUCUGAUGGGAGUUCAUUACACAGUAAGAAUAUCUUUGAAAUAUUUCAGAAUCAUUGGAUAUAUAUAUAUAUAUAUAUAUAUAUAUAUAUAUAUAUAUAUAUGUGUGUGUGUGUGUGUGUGUAAUUCUUUUGUUUGACUAUGAAUAAUUCUCAAGAUAUUUACAUUUUUCUUUUGUAAAAACAAAACUUGCAUAAAAUUUAUUAAGAAAUAUUUUCAAAAUAAACAACUGAUUAGAAUACAAUUUGUAAAGAACAUUUGAGAUUUUGUUGAAGCAUACACAAUGUCAUGUGUUAGACUAAGUAAUUUUUGCUUGCAACAAGAAGAACAUAAGCAAAAAUGAAGUCACUCUUAUAACUUCUGAAUGACAUACACACAUCAUUUGGUAAUGUAAAAAGUAAUAGUACUUUAUGAGUAGUAUGUGCUUCUUCAGGACGUCAUGGUAUCUUAAAGAUGUUUUCUUCAUCUUGACAUAUGUGAAAUAGCUCAUCAUUUUCACAUCUUCUGACAAUAUUCCUUAAAAUACAAAAUCUAUAAUCAAGUUAAAUUUUGUACCAGUUCACAGAAUUUAUUUUAAAUGUGAGUAACAUCAUGGUAUAAUUGUAAGACUGAUUGAUUUGAAAAUAUUUUAUUUAUUAAGUGUAUCCCAUGAUUAACAAGAAAGUGCCAACCCAUGUCUGGCUCAUCACAGAUAAACCACAAUACAUUUUAACUACAAGUGCUAUCAUAAACACUUGUUAGUUUGUACAAUAUUAUAUAUGUAUGGAGUGAUGUUUACUUUUAUAGCAGUACUGUGCAAUUGAAAAACCAAUAGCAAUAAUAAAGGUAAUCUUUAAACAUUUUUUAAGAAAGAUUUAAGCUUCUUGAAUUAAUAAAACUAUAUCAAGCAUUUCAAAUCAACAUUGCCUAGUAGUUUUUUAAAAGUUUGUUUUGUUGAAUGACACCACUAGAGCACAUUGAUUUAUUAAUCUUCUGCUAUUGGAUGUCAAACAUUUGGUAAUUUUUACAUAUAGUCUUGGAGAGGAAACCUGCUACAUUUUUCUGCAUGUGUAUGGCAUUGAAGUCUAGAACACAUUUCGGCCCAAUUCAGAGAACAUUUUGUUUUCAAACUCUUGAUUAGUGAUAUUUCUUGUCAAUUUAAUAAUUGAUUAGCAACUACUGUUUAAUGUUUUAAAAUUGCAUAGCGAUCUCUGCAACUUAUGUAGCGAAUUGCAACGCAAAUCUAAACAAAAUGUUCUCUGUCCAUAGUUAAAUUCUG